UAAAACUGAUACACGCGGAGGAAUCAUGCAGGUGUUCCACGGUCAUAAUUAAACGAAAACAACGUCCCGCCCGUGUGGGAAAAGUGGACAUCGCUCACAAUCUGCUACACUGAAAAAACGUACAUCAGAUUUACGACGCAUUGGCUGUAUGAAAAGAUCAGUAACCCAAGAUGAACAGCAGUGGACCAGCGUAUCCCCUCGCCUCCUUGUAUGUAGGAGACCUGCAUGCUGAUGUUACAGAGGCCAUGCUCUACCAGAAGUUCUCACCUGCUGGACCCAUCAUGUCAAUCCGUGUGUGCCGGGACAUCAUCACCCGCAGAUCACUGGGAUAUGCCUACAUUAAUUUCCAGCAACCAGCUGAUGCGGAGUGCGCCCUUGAUACAAUGAACUACGAUGUUAUCAAGGGCCGGCCUAUCCGAAUAAUGUGGUCUCAGCGUGACCCGGGUCUAAGGAAGUCUGGUGUAGGAAACAUCUUCAUCAAGAACAUGGAUGAGUCUAUUGACAACAAGGCACUGUAUGACACCUUCUCAGCCUUCGGCAAUAUUUUGUCUUGCAAGGUUGUGUGUGAUGAGAAAGGAUCCAAAGGCUAUGGCUUUGUUCACUUUGAGACACAUGAGGCUGCAAACCGGGCCAUUGACACCAUGAAUGGGAUGUUGCUGAAUGAUAGGAAAGUUGAAGCGACACGUAUUCAUUUGGAAUCUGUCAAGGCAAAGGCCCAUUCCCUGGGGGAAAAAUGUCAGUUCUCCCUCCAUAGGUCAGUGAGUAGCUUUGUUGGCCACUUUAAGUCCCGCAAGGAAAGAGAGGUGGAGUUUGGCACCAAAGCUAUGAAGUUCACCAAUGUCUAUAUCAAAAACUUUGGUGAAGACUACAAUGAUGAGAAACUCAAGGAAGUCUUCUCUGCAUUUGGGAGGACCCUCAGUGUCCGGGUGAUGAAGGACGAGAGGGGCCGUUCACGAGGAUUUGGCUUUGUAAACUAUGCUAACCAUGAGGAUGCUCAGAAGGCAGUCAGAGAAAUGAAUGGAAAGGAAAUCAAUGGGAAAAUUGUCUACGUAGGUCGGGCUCAGAAGCGGCUGGAGCGCCAAGGAGAGCUCAAGCGCAAGUUUGAUCAGAUCAAACAGGACCGAAUCCAGCGCUAUCAGGGGGUGAAUCUGUAUGUGAAGAACCUGGACGAUAGCAUAGAUGAUGAGAGACUCCGGAAGGAGUUUGCCCCUUAUGGAACCAUCACCAGUGCCAAGGUCAUGACAGAUGGCUCCCAAAGCAAGGGCUUCGGCUUUGUCUGUUUCUCUUCACCUGAGGAGGCAACAAAAGCAGUAACUGAAAUGAACGGAAGAAUCGUUGCCACCAAACCGCUGUAUGUGGCUCUGGCUCAGCGGAGGGAGGAGCGUAAAGCGAUCCUGACCAAUAAAUACAUGCAGAGACUCGCCACCUUGAGGACCAUGACAAGUCCAAUCAUUGACUCAUACCAGCAGACCGGAUAUUACAUGACUGUACCACAGCCUCCCUCUCGCUCCUUCUACAACCACAAUGCUGUCAGCAACAUGAGGCCAGUCCCACGUUGGGCAGGACAACCAACCCGAGUACAGGGUCCCUACACAACCCAGUAUGUUGGUGGUUCUGCUCCCCAUCGCGGAUCGACUGCCAUCGCUACAGUCAGACAGGCCUCCACCCAGGCUCCACGCAUCAUCAGCUCCACGCACAAGAUGAAUAACAUUGGGACCCAGACUGUAGGAGGGCGUACUGACAUGCCUGGUGUGACCAGAAACAGCCAGUACAAGUACUCGUCUGCAGUGAGAAACGCCCAGCAGGUCAUUACUGUACCUGCGCCCAUGACAAGACUACAGGCUGUUCCUGCACCGGUGAUGGAGCCACCUGUACACAUCCAAGGACAAGAACCACUCACUGCCUCCAUGUUGGCUGCAGCUCCACUCAUGGAUCAAAAACAGCUUCUUGGGGAGCGACUGUACCCGAUGAUCCAUGCCCUUCACCCAAACUUGGCUGGUAAAAUUACUGGGAUGCUGCUGGAGAUUGACAACUCGGAACUGCUGCACAUGCUUGAGUCGCCCGAGUCCCUGCACUCUAAGGUGGACGAGGCGAUUGCUGUCCUGCAGGCUCAUCAGGUGAAGGAAUGCUCUCCUACUAAGUGAAGAGCUGUUUCAGAUGUCAACAACUUUGUGAAGGAGGAAGAACAUUUGGGGUGGGGGGGAGUAAAAUUAUAUAAAAAAAAAAUACAUUUAAAAAAAUAAGAAAAAGGAAGAAAAAAAUGAAAAUAGAGAAAUGUUGACAGAGAUAUUUUGUUGUUGUAAUAUCUUUUGUUAGAAGAUAAAGUUUACAGUAUAUGCAUUAAA